AUGCGCUUCGCAAUUGCUGGGUGCACCCUCGCCACGCCGGCCCUCGUGUCCAUAUACCGCGGCGAAGAAUCAAUCCCGGAUGACGGUGAAUUGGAACUGGAAAUUGCAGCAAAUUCUGGUGCACCAUCACCACGCAAAUCAAGACGGACCCGGCCACUUGAGAGCCUUCCAUCCCCACAUCCCAAAGCCGCCGAGCGUUCGACCAAAUUACACGCCCUACGAAGUCGACUGUCCCUCCCGCCUCGCUUCCCCCUCCAAGCUCUCGCACGAACCCUCGUACACCCCUCCGCCGACCCCAACCCCGCCUUCAAUAAUGCCUCGCUAUCGAUACUCGGACGCCAGUUGCUUGGCUACUACACCUCCGAGUGGCUCUUGUGCAACUACCCACGUCUGCCAAUGGACGUCGUCUUCGCAGCAGUAGAAGCAUACAUUGGACCCAGAGCGCUAACCACAAUUGCAAGCGAAUGGGGCAUUGAGGCGGCGGCCGAACCGGGUGGUGAGGUUGAUUCUGGCCUACUACAAUUCAAGAGAAUAAGGUCGGGCGACGAUCUCCCACCAGAGUUGAGGCGACAAGCACCCUGGAAAUGGAAUGUCACGACCACGCACAAAAUCAUGAAGACGGACGAAUUUGGCUCCAACAAUGCCGCACCAAGUCCACACGCGCUACAAAGCACGCCAGUGCCACUGGAAGAGGCCGCCCAGUCUUUUGUUCGAGCACUCAUCGGCGCAUUGCAUGUACACAUUGGCUCGCCGCUCGUCAAGCGCUUCUUCCGUGACCACUUCCUUAGCCGACAUCUCGAUAUUAGCACAAUCUUUGAUUUCCAGAUGCCAACUCGUGAUCUUUCACGGUUAUGCGCGAGGGAAGGCUUCGAACCACCCGUCGCCCGAUUGAUCUCAGAAACCGGUCGUCUGAGCAGACAUCCUGUCUUUGUGGUUGGCGUAUAUAGCGGAAAGGACAAGCUAGGAGAGGGGUCAGGCAGCUCAUUAGAUGAGGCCAAGACAAGAGCAGCGGCGGCAGCACUGAAGGCAUGGUACCUCUACAAGCCGGUCGAAGUCACUGUCCCAAGCAGCAUGGAGGGUGAGUUGGAUACGAGCAAGUGGCGGCCGAACCACAUCGACCACGGCGAGGUCAUUGUGUAA